GACUCAAGUGAAAAGAGUGCGACUUUCUUCUGGUGUAUGCAUAUAUAGAGUACCACACCAUUGGGUUGGAAUCUAAGAGCUUUUUUCCUCAAAGAGUGACAUUCUUACUUGCAUCGAUCUCUCUCAGGGUUGUGCUCUUUUCGAGGAGAAAAAGAUUGAAACAAAAACGAAAUGAAUCUGUAAGAUCUGCAAGUGAUUGGCAAAAUCUUUUAAGAAAGCUACCAUGGAUGGUGUGGCUCAGUUGCAGAAGCAGUUGGUCGACUACACUGCCUCACUCUUUCAAGAGGGGUUUCUGGAUGAGCAGUUUAACCAGCUGCAGCAACUGCAAGAUGAGAGCAACCCAGAUUUUGUGGUUGAAGUGGUGUCUCUCUUCUUUGAGGAUUCUGAGAGGCUUCUCAAUGAACUGGCCAAAGCUCUAGAACAGAAGACAAUUGAUUUUAGAAAGGUGGAUGCCCAUGUUCACCAGUUUAAGGGCAGCAGCUCCAGCAUUGGUGCACAGAGGGUUCAAAAAGUAUGCAUUGCCUUCCGAAAUUACUGCGAGGAGCAGAACAUUGAAGGGUGUCUUAAAUGUCUGCAACAAGUAAAGCAUGAGUAUUCCCUUGUGAAAAGCAAGCUUGAAACUCUGUUCAAGAUUGAGAAACAGCUUAUUGCUGCUGGUGGUUCCAUUCCUACGUAGUGUACUGAUCAAGUAAAGCUAUGUGAACUAGCUAAGAGAUGGUCAGCACGUACAAUGGGGUUCUAGAUUUGUAGAAAAGUUUCUUCAAUUCCUUCUAUCUUCUAAGUUUUAUAUAUAUAAUAGUCUGUCGAAGUUUCUGAAGGGGAUCUAUGAGCUUGCUUGUUUCAUAUCCAUUCUAAGAGCAAUGACAAAUAUCUGAAUAAACC